AUGACUCACACGAGUAUAAUUAAUGACUACGUUGCCGGGGCCAUUGGAGGAUGUGCAGGAAUUGUUGUUGGACAUCCUUUAGAUACCAUCAAGGUGCAAAUACAGACCCAAGAAUAUGGAGGAAAGUACUCAGGGCUCAUGGACUGUAUAAGAACUGUACACAGGCAGAAUUUAUCGAAGGGCUAUUUCCGAGGACUUAGUUGGCCACUUUUUUCCUAUGGCUAUCUCAAUGCCAUAUUUUUUGGUUCCUAUGGAUUUCUACUGAGAAAACUGGGACAUCCAGAAGACACUACACAGAAGCCAGACUACCUGAUAAUUGGGUUCUCUUCAGCUGUUGCUACAAUUCCACAGUUAGUGUUCUCAUGUCCUGUGGAAGUAGUUAAAGUCACGCUGCAGGCACAGAUUCCUCACACACAGGGAGUAUCCAGAGUGCAGAUGAGCAAAUAUUACAAUGGGCCUAUUGAGGCAUCAGUAAACAUUAUGCAGAAAUCUGGAUUACGAGGGAUAUACCGAGGUUUGACGACGCAGAUUGUGAGAGAUACCCCAGCCAACUGUAUAUACAUGGUUCUUUAUGCAUUCUUUCAGUAUGAAAGUCAACACUGGCUGCCUUCCAUCCCCAGCCAGGUCAUCAACUUCAUCGGGGGAGGUAUAUCUGGUGUGCUGAGUUGGUUAGUCAUCAUGCCAUUUGACGUUGUCAAGAGCAAACUGCAGGCAGAUACCGAAGGCAAAAUGUACAAAGGGUUUGGGGACUGUGUUAAGAGAGUCUAUGCGGCUGAAGGAGUUAAAGCUUUUUUUCUGGGUAUUGGCCCAAUGGCAAUGAGAGCGUUCCCCGUCAAUGCAGUCACUCUGAUGGUAUACACUGAAAGUCUUCUGUAUCUGAAAAAAUUGGAACGUGCCAAUGAUUUGUAG